AUGGCAACGGCUCGUUUAGCAACUCAAAUAGGCAUGGCUAUUAUUAAAGCCACAAACAACCCAGGCUCUGGGAGACGCUGGUUCAGCCCUCACAUGGCUGCUGCUUCUCGCGCCAUCGCCGAACGUAUCCCAUUGGUCGAUCUCGUUCUUGAAGUCCGAGACGCGAGGGUUCCAUUGUCGUCGGCGUGCAAGCAAUUGGAGAACUACACAUCCUCCUCCAAGCGAAUCAUAGUAAUGAAUAAGAUGGACCUUGCUAAUCGUUCCCAGUUGAAGGAAUGGAUGAACUACUUUGAGCAAAAUAAUUGCAUUUCGUAUGGAGUCAAUGCCCAUAAUAAAGAAAGCAUUAAGCAGUUUCUGAACUUUUUGCAAGCUCGUCUCAGACAAUUGAAUUACAAUGAUAAUUCUGCUGACACUGCAACGGUAUUGCUACUUGGAGUUCCUAAUGUUGGUAAGUCAGCCCUUGCCAACUCCUUACAUCGAUUUGGGAGGAUUAGUGCAGCAGAAAAGGGAAAGUUGAAGUAUGCUGCGGUGAGUCCACAGCCUGGUGAGACAAAAGAUAUAAGCAGUUUAAAGAUUGGAAGUCAUCCCAAUAUUUAUGUUUUGGACACACCAGGUGUUUUGCCUCCACAGAUUAAUGAUGUAGAGGUCUGCGCCAAAUUAGCGUUGACAGGAACCAUCAUAGAUUGCUUUUCUGGGGAAAAUGAACUGGCUAAGUGCUUCUUGGCUAUAUUGAACAGAAGCGAUGAAUAUAAGAAAUGGGCAAAUUUGGCCAACAGUGAGAAUGAUCGAACAUGGAUAGACUAUAAUAUAGAAUGCUCAAAGAACUCUAAAGACAUCAAAUGGCAAAGACAACACUGUGCAGAUCACACACAGGAUUUCGUAGUGCAAAAUGUUCGUCAGACUCUCUUCAAGGUCAUAUCAUCUUUUGAGGGUAACUUGGAGGAUGAAAUGCUUAUUUACAAAGAGAUGAAGGCAAUUGAGGGAGUUUUUCAGGUUCCUACAGAAUCCAAAAAGAAUACUCAAUAUAAAGCCGAAUCAAAGUUAUUGAAUCUUUUUCGCACUGGGAGGCUUGGGCAUUAUACCUUAGAUUCUAUACCAAUUCAUUCGAGAUGACCUCUGCAAAUUUUCCAGGUUUAGAAGAUCAUAGUGUAAUCAAUCCCAGGAGCUAUCUUUCUCCUUUAGCUAUUAGCUUUUAUUAAUAACCAUAAGAUUACACUAAAAGGGCUGUGAUAAAUCAAGAUUAUCAACUGUCAGAUUUCAUAUAAAAUCUGAAAGUGAGUCAAUAUAUAUAUAUAUAUAUAUAUGACAAUAUGUAUAUGUUCAUUUUCGUGGCUAGCCCUUUAAAUUCAGAAUCCUUGUUUCUUCAUGCAUUGAUUAAAUGUUUUUCCAUUUUCUUAAUCUAUAGACAUUGAACUUUAAUUGUUCAGAUUAAUCUGAAAGGAAUACAAAUCAACUGCAAAAGUUUUCUUUCCUUCAGCUUUUACUUGAAGAAAUGCGCUUUUCAUAGAGCUUGCUAAUCCUAUUCUUAAGAAGAUUCAUUCCAUAUUUUGAAGAGAAAUGAUAUCUUUCUAAGUCAACUUAAGUUUUCCUUUUUCUUUUCAAAGCUACUUUUCAUUUUGAGUUUACACUUCUAAGAACAAAAGGAGAUAAGAAUUCAGAUAUAUAGAAAAACAAAACCUACAUUCGGUAUCUGACACAUUGUUGUCAAUUUCUUUCUCUCAAUAUUCCUGAAGUUCUUGCAUGACACAUUGACAUUAUCUGCUGCAUGCACAUAUCUAAGGAUAGAUUUGAAGAGGAAAGUAAUCA